AAUGGAGCAGCAGGUCAGUGAGCUCAUAUCCGGUUUGGCUUCGACCCCUGUGGAAGAGAAUCCGUAUGAAGCUCUGUUUGAGGCGUCCUCGUGUGUCUCACUGGACAGCCUGGCCAGCGGAAAGUCAUCGGACAGCGAAGCCGGGAAAGUGUGUGUGCGAGAUACUAAAGAGCGCCGUCCUCCACAGAAUCAGUCUGCACAGGACGAGGAUCUCAGCUCUGAGGCGGUUUACACCAACAGCAGUGUGGAUGAACGCGCCGAGCCUCUGGAAGAGGAAGAGCACACAUAUGAACUCUUAGUCACCGCACAGACCAAAAUCCCCAACAACACACAAAGCAAAGCAGAUGUGGACGUCUCAGCCAAGUCCUCCAACAGUGUCCUACCUCAGCGAAAGACCACUGCACACAUUGACCUACGACCUUCAGGGUCCAACACAAACACUCUGCAGCCGCCUGCACCUCAUUUUAGCACAGGACAGACGUCUGGAGAGAGCUCCUCGCACGGUCAGGAUAUAAGCGCUGCCGUUCCUGAACAGUUCACUGGUCUGCUUCACGGUUCCUCACCAGUGGUCGACUGUCGGGAGGAAGCAUUCAGACUGCCGUCCUCUGGAGUGAAGUCCGGCGAGGCUUCCAGCACUUCGACAUCUGCCAGCUCCGCCCCCCUUCCCCAUCCCAAAUUGGCGGUCACCGUGGAAACCAUUCUCCAGGACACUGACCCCAAAGCUAUCUACGCCACGGUCCACAAAGAGCCAAGGGAUUCUUCGUCGAAACACAACUCACCGGCGCGCGAUUCUCCGCUGACGAGAAGGAUGCCUCCGCCGGGUGAUCUCAAGCUAGCGCGUAGCCUUUCGAAGUCCGACUCCGACCUGCUGGUGUCCCCACCUGGUGAGGAAGAGACGGGGUUGGGCGGCCGAAGUGAGUCGGUGUCCAACUGUAGCACCACCAAGCGAAGACUGGAAAAAUCACCUUCGUUCACUUCAGAAUGGGACGAGAGACAGAGGCAUUCCCUCUCUAUUCCAUGGAGACAGCGGCCGCCCCAAAGAAUUGAGAAGAUCAUGACCCUAAUUGGAGCCGGCAUCGACUUUUCCAAAGACCAGGAGUGCCCUGCCACAGGUGGAUCCAGGAGGCUGCUUGAACAGCCGGUCGGGGAUUGGUUGGAGCAUAUAGGCCUUCCGCAGUAUGAGAGCAAGCUACUUCUCAAUGGCUUUGACGACCUGCGGUUCAUGGGAAAUGACGUAAUGGAAGAGCAAGACCUGAGAGAAAUUGGCAUCAUGGAUCCGGCACAUCGCAGGAAGAUCCUCAGUGCUGCACGUUCUCUACCAAAGGUGAAAGCAUUAGGCUGUGACGGCAGCACGUCCCUCGCUGCGUGGCUGGACGUCCUGGGUCUUCAGGAAUACCUGCAGAACUUCCUGUCCAGCGGCUAUCGCACGCUAGAAUGCGUGAAGAACCUGUGGGAGCUGGAGAUUGUCAAUGUGCUGAAGAUCACGUUGUUGGGCCACAGGAAAAGGAUUAUUGCAUCAUUAGCUGAACGGCCGUAUGAGGAGCCUCCGGUCAAACCACCCCGCCUUUCUCAGAUCAGAUGUCAGGAUCUCAUGUCCCAGACCUCGUCUCCUCUCAGUCACUCAGACUCCUACACGCGCUCCAUGGAUCCCCUGUUACCUGCUGGUGAUUCUGGAAGGAGGAGAGGUCCCGACUCAGAAUAUGACGUGGCCAUUCGACAGCGGGCCAAUGACAGACCACAACCACAAGAGAGAUUUGAGGAACGUCAGCGGGGGCCUCGCUUGACCUUACGACCCCCGAGUCUGGCGGCGCCGUACACACCGGUCCAGAACUGGCACCAUCAGCCCGAGAAGCUCAUCUUCGAAUCAUGCAGUUACGAGGCCAACUAUCUGGGCUCGAUGCUCAUUAAAGAACUAAGAGGAACGGAGUCAACGCAGGACGCCUGUGCUAAAAUGAGGAGGUCGACAGAACAGAUGCGGAAGAUCCCCACCAUCGUCCUCUCCAUCACGUACAAGGGUGUGAAAUUCAUUGACGCUGCCAACAAGAACAUCAUUGCAGAACAUGAGAUCAGGAACAUCUCAUGUGCAGCUCAGGACCCAGAGGACCUCUGCACGUUUGCUUACAUCACUAAAGAUCUGCAGAGCAGCCAUCAUUACUGCCACGUGUUCAGCACCGUAGAUGUGAACCUGACCUAUGAGAUCAUUCUGACGCUAGGACAGGCGUUUGAAGUGGCCUAUCAGCUGGCACUGCAGGCCCAGAGGACCAGACAGCAGCAGAGCGCAGCCGGAGCGACAGAAAUCAUCGAGACCAAGAGCAGCAGACCUGUCCCCAAACCACGAGGGAGUAUGCGCAAGUCAGGGGUGGAAGCCAUGGAUGUGGACGCUCACGCUCAGAGCAGUGCCACCUGGAUCCUGGACUCCAAAGAUCCCAAGCGCACGGUCAGCACCAAGCGUCGACCGCAGUGAGACACUGAUGAAGACUUCCUCUUCCUCCUCCUCUUCAGUCUGAGCUGAAACAGCUGGACUCCACUAAACAUGUAGCGUCAGAUCGAAACAGUCCACACCGCCGAGGAUUACGAUAAAAGGCACUUUCCAUGAAUAGAGUACGGUACAUUUUGGCAUCCUGUAAUUUUUACACAAUAAAGGCACAAAUUGCAUAUUUAGAACUGAAACUUUUGAUGAAUCAUUGUGUAGAGUCAAAAUAACAUGGCAUGGAAAGAGGACUUGACUUUCUGACUGUGACCAACAAUUGAAAGACUACAGCAUAAUUAACCUAAAACAUAAAUUACCAAAUUAAUAAUUAAUUCACUUUAAUUACAUAUUUAAGUAUAACGUACUAAAAAACAUACUGUGUGCCACAAUUUGAGUGCAAUCUGAUUUACUUUUU